UGUAAGGUAGUUAUUGGGUCGGGUAGCCGUGAUUAUCAGUGUCGGUAAUUGUUAAGUAUCGGGUACAUAUGGGCGGCGUAUAAGACAAAAACGUCACAUAACUCUAAUACGAGGGUGGCAGUGCUUAAGAUCACGUGACAGCAAGUUGUUGGACAGACUUAUGAAAUGGCGGUAUUAUAUAUUUGUCAAACCAGCGGUCAUCGUCUGCCCUGCUAGACCAAUGUCGUAGAGAAUAUAGUUUGAAUUGAUUGUUAAUUUAUGAUAUUGGGACUUGAUGGUGCUAGGACUUCAAGUACGGUCUAAUGUUGACUCUUUGCGAGCUGUGGCAAUUACUGAAUAAAUGUUUACUUGGAAUUUUUGUAUUUUUAACAUUUUCAGAAUGUCGUAGAUUAGAUUGGGAAUAUUUUGAUGAUCAACCAGAAGAUAUGGGCUUUCAUUUAAUUGAUUUACCAUUACGUGACUUAUUCGAUAACGGUGCCGCUCAGUACUUAAUUGACGCUUACACUAAUAGUAUUAUACGGGAAAUGGAGGACGAUACAAUUGAGAGGCUAUCACCACAUCAAGCCCGAUUCAUAAAAGAUAGAUUGAAAGGACUUUAUGCCUUCCUGAAAAAUCAUCCAGCUUUAAUGGAUAGAAGAUUAAAAGUUGGUUCCAAAAAACCCAAGAUACCCCCUAAAAUAUUCAGUAGUCCAAUAGAAAAAAGAGCUUUUCAACCUGUCACAGCUCAACCUGUCUGCCCUUCCAGGACAUCGUGGAGGUUGUUACGAUAUGCACGUGAUAUAAAUGAUACAGAAGUGGAGGUAUAUCAGCCAUCAGAAGGCAACGACGGGUACCAAUGGUUUUACACAGUUUCUUGUGACGAAGAACACGAAAUUAUGGAAAACCCGGAAUGUCCGGCUUGUUGUAGGGGUAUAAACAGAAACAGAUAUGCAUCCCGGUGUAUUACGAAGAAAUCUUUUGUUAUGGCUUUAGUUCGACCUAUUCAUCAACAUUCUUUUGAUUGGAAUUGGAUACAGUUAGAAUCGAGUUGUAAUUGUGCCAUUUCGCCUUUGUAAUUAUUUCUUGUGUUUUCUGUGUUCUAAAAUCAAAUAAAGUCGAAAUUUGCAUGGUUGCCACUUCGCCGGGAUGUGGUCAUGAACUGUUCUAUCAACAACAAAAGACAGUUUAACCAUAAAAGUUUAGCAUCGUGGAUUAUCCACGUCACUGAUAUGGACGAGGCGGGGAUAGUCGAAGAUAAUAUAAGUGAAGUGUGGGCACGUUUACUGCUUUUUUGUUGUUGGGAUCAAAUAUAACCACAAAUAUCGACAUAAACAUUGCAACUUCAUUAAUAGGCACUUAUUUUCAAACUGUCAGAUAGUUAUCAGGAUGAUAUUGGAAAAUUAAAUUCUAUAUAAAGAAUAAAUCAUGAAGUAAGUUCAUGGCUUGGAGCAAGCGGGCAGUGUAACAUGUGGAAAUGAGUCUGUGUAUGACAGUUUAUAACAAUCGAACAAUUAAUUGAUUGGAAAUCGUUUUUCGAUCGUUUUUGCAAUGCUGACACCAGCCCACGUUUCUUUAUAAAUACUCCAACUACACAGAUACGAUCGAACUCUACAUGUAUAGGCUACAACAAGUUUUGAUAAACCCGUCUUACAGUUCGCUUAACAAAAUGUCGUGGGUUCAUUUGGUUUAGUCUUGAUGUUUAAUGGCUAUUUUGAAAUUUUAUCCAAAGCCUUUGAAUUGAUUAUAUUGUUAUUUUAAGGAUGUGGCUUAAUUGUCAACUUUCCUUUUUUCUUGUCUGUUGUAAUUAAAUCAGAAAUUUCUUUUAUGUAUGAUAA